AUGGGUGAUAAUUUAUUUCCAAUAUUGCGUAUGCGUAAAACGAAACGAACCAUUGAUGUUGAAACGGAUGUGCCUGAUUUUAAUUCACUUAUGCUUAGUCGAACAUCGUUGACUGCAUUAGCAAAAGCUGGUUUUACGAAACCGUCUCCAGUACAAGCACAAGCGAUCCCAUGUGGCUUACUUGGCCUUGGUAAUCUUUCUCAACAUCUGCUAGUUCAAGCAAAAUCUGGAACUGGAAAAACAAUGGUGUUUUCAUUGCUUGCUCUUGAAAACUUGAAUGCACAAUUUGGACGUCCCCAAGUGUUGAUCGUCGCUCCAACUCGUGAAAUUGUUUCUCAAAUAGUAUCCUAUAUCAGUAUGCUUGCUCCUCCAGUCAUUCACGUGCGUAUGUUUGUUGGCGGGAAUGAAAAGGGCGUUGCCGGUGAUAUUCAAGUUCUUAAAAAAAGCGUUCAUAUUGUUGUUGGAACAACAGGUCGUCUCUGUCAUCUUGUUCGCAUCAAUGCUUUGAACCUAUCUCAUAUACGGCUCUUUGUUGUGGAUGAAGCCGACAAACUUAUGGAAUCAAAUUUUCAGGAAGAAAUUAAUUACCUUUUUUCUGCCCUUCCGCCACAUAAACAAGUAGCAGUGUUUUCGGCUACGUAUCCACAGUAUAUGCUUAAAAUUCUGGCGCGUUACAUGACAGAUGCACAUCCAGUGCUUGUGGACACCGAUGCUCAGUUAUAUGGUGUUAAACAAUAUGUUGUUCUCGUUUGCAAUAAAACCAAAAAAAUUAGUGCAAUAAUACGUUUACUGCUUCAACUGUGCUAUAGUCAGUGUAUAAUUUUUGUCAAUGAUCAAACAAAAUGUGAUGAGGUCUAUUCGGGUUUGACGAAAGCAGAGUUUGGUGCUUGUCAAAUUUCUGGUAACAUGCUACAGACAGAUCGUACAAACGUUAUGAAACAAUUCAGAAAAUCUGUGGUCAAAAUACUUGUCUCAACAGAUCUUACUUAUAUUGUCUGUAUAACUGGUCGAGGCAUUGAUGUACCAGGUGUUAAUGUUGUCAUCAAUUACGGCAGCCCGUUUUCUUUAUCUACCUACUUGCAUCGGAUUGGGCGUUCGGGACGUUUUGGUACCUGA